AUGGCUCGCAACCGGCGAACGCGGCACGAAUUCUGGUGCCUGGGCGUUCAAGCGGCUGGACGAGAGAUUCCUGGAGAGAGAGGGUUCGACGGAGGCCGGUGCCCGGCCGUCGGACGGAGACGGCUCGAUCCGCUCCUCUGGUGGCAUAUCAGCUGAUAGUUGCUCAAGAUUUGCCAUUUCCCUAGCAGAUUUUUCCUUUCUCACUCUAGGGUUUCGCGGAGGAAAGUAGCAGGAUCUCAGAGCCCCCUCGGGGCGGAGAAUAACGGGAGGAAAUUCUCAAGGGCCGUCGGUGCACGGGAGGGCAUAUUUAUACGCACUUGACCAAGAACGACGCGUCUCAACCCUGUCAACAGAUGAUAGUCCAAAUAAGCUAAAACAGAUCCUCCAAUUAAAAUCUGACACGAUCAAAUAUAAACAUCCGUCCGAUCAAAAUCGGAGGGUUUGUCGCGCCCUACGGAAGCGGGACUCUAAAAUCACUUUUUUUCCCUACCGAUGAUUGGAGAGAGAAAGUUAAAGACGUUGGGGCCCACACAAAUGCACAGUGACACUUUAUAGAAAAAACUUAUUUUACCCAAAAAAAUAGUUUAAAUAAUUAAAAAUAUAUGAUUUUUCAUUUUUUGGGAAAAAAUACAUCUAAAAAACCAUUAAAAUUUUCCGUUUUAGUGCACUAGUCAAACUCUUUAUGAAAGCUUACCCACAAACAUAAAUCUUCCAGAACAUAAUAUAUGUUUCAUUAUUUGGAAUUUGUAUUAAAAAUAUUUAUUCUUGUAAUUGUAUUUUCUAUAAUUCACCAUGGUGAAUAUGUCUAUAAGGAUACGAAUACAAUGUAUAAGUUUCCGUUUAAAUGUAUUUUCUAGCAGGGCAUACAACAUGGUAAAGAGUAUAGUUCAUAGAAAAACAUACAUAAACAAAUAUGGCAAUUGAAUGAUUGAUCAUUGUCAAUCUUGAUUAUGAAUUUUUGGUAUAUUAUUUUUUAGUUGUAGAAAAAUAUUUUCAUGAAAAAAACCAUCACUUUCCUAAUUAAGAAAUAGAACCACUAACCUUUUUAUUAUGAUUAAGUUCUUGAGUUAAAUUUGUCAUUUGAAAAUUAUUAUUAUUAAGAUGAAAGGAAGCAAAACCUUAGAAAUUUGAUACAUCUAUCAUGGCUGAGCAUGUCCACUUAAGAGUAGGCUACGCCUGAUUCAGCCAAGAAUAUAUGUUACAUUGGCACACUCUGGGCGUGCUUUUUCUAGCCCUCUCUUUAAUCAUGAAGAAGGAAUUUGGGGAUGAUAGAUUGGUCAUGGUUUGACCCACAUGAGAUGUUGAUCAUCUUCUCUUGACCCCAAUUUCAAGACAAUAGUCAAAUGAGCAUGAACACGCCCACAAGCCUCCAAUGA